UCUCAGCCGCCGCCCGCUGCUCCUCCCAACGGCGCCGGUGGCCGGCCGCCGCCCGCUGCUCCUCCCAACUGCGCCGCGCUCCACCACGUCCCCACCGCCCCUCGACGUAACCGGGCCUGCUUUGCUCAAACCCUAAUUCGUCCAGGCGACCAACGGCGGCGCUCCGGCCAGGGAUCUGGAAGAAGAAACGUACAGACUCAAGUAUGAGUAUGAGCCGCCUCCGUUCCUCGGCGCCCCCGCUGGAAGACGAGUACCUUCUGCCGGAGAUCCUCCUGCUCCUCCCUCCGCAGCCAUCCUCCCUCCCGCGCGCUUCCCUCGUGUGCCGGCGCUGGCUCAGCGUCGUCUCCGACCCUGAUUUUGGCAAACGCUUCCGUAAGCACCACCAAAAACCUCCACUGCUCGGCUUCUUCAGAGGGUAUUCCGUGAGCACGGAGCACCACUUCACUCCUGUCCUCGAUUCGCCGGACUGCAUCCCUGCCGCCCGCUUCUCCGUGCCCAACAACAACGAUGAACACUGGAACUUCCUAGGCUGCCGCCACGGCCUCGCCAUCCUACUCAACAUGUGGCUUCGUGAGGUCAUGGUGUGGGAUCCCAUCACCGGCUUACAGCACCGUGUGGCUAGUCCACGCGGGCUCAUGUUCGACCCGGAUAUCCACUGGGUGUACUGGCAGGCCGAGGUGAUAUGCGCCGAUGCCCAACAAGGGCACGCGCACGGCAAUUGCUUCUCGGGCCCGCUCAAAUUGGUCUUGAUCUGGGUCAUUGGAUUCACAAAAGCAUUCGCUUGCCUCUAUGAAUCCGCAUCUGGUUUAUGGGGAGACAUUGUCUCCAUGGAUUCUACAGAUUUCAUGUUAUGCAUAAGGCCUGGCAUCCUUGUUGGGAAUGCACUUUGCUGGGUGCUUUCUAGUGGUAAAGUCAUUGUGUUUGAUCUUCAAACUCAGCUCCUUGAUAUGAUCGAGAAGCCCGUAGACAGCCAUAUUAACACCGACUCCUAUGGAUUAGUUCAGCCCUUACGCACACAUGAUAACAGACUUGGCCUCGCAUAUUUGUCAGAUCUUACCAUCCAAUUAUGGGAGAGGAAAUCAAACUGUAAUGGUGUUGUCACAUGGGUGUCUCUGCAGAAAAACAUCCAGUUGGAGGAGCUCUUUCCAAAUAGAAUGUUUACUCACUUGAAAACGAUAAUCACACUGGGUUAUGAUGAAGACACAAAUGUGAUUGUUCUGUCUACGGUCGGUGGCGUCUUCAUGCUCCAACUUGAUUCCAUGAAGAUCAAGCGUAUUUACAAAGGAGCUGGAAUAUGUUAUGACAAUUUUCAUCCAUACAAGAAUUUCUAUACUGCAGGCAGGGGAGUUGGAUUGGAACUUGGUCAAUCUGGAAAGGUGAACACAUGAGAUAUACAAAUAUGUUAUCUUGGUUGAACAAGUGAGGCAAUGCAAGACCAACAUCCACAAGGAGACAUGUCAAAAUAGAGUGUCCUGAUUUUUUUUUCCUGAAUGGGUCCAUGCUACAUUAAUUCAUGUGAUGUUCCGU